GUUAGGGUGUCCUGGGUUUACAUUGCCGGAAUAUAAGCCAACGCCAGUAGAAGGAGGAGCUUCAAAAUCCCUCUUUUUUCCAGAUGAAGCCAUCAAUAAACAUCCUAGAUUUAGUACACUGACCAGAAACAUUCGGCACCGAAGAGGAGAGAAGGUUGUGAUAAAUGUACCAAUAUUUAAAGAUAAGAACACACCGUCACCAUUUAUUGAGACGUUUCCUAAUGAUGAUGGAGAAGCAGCAAAGGCAGCAAAGCCUGACUAUAUAUACAUGGAUGCUAUGGGCUUUGGAAUGGGAAACUGUUGUCUCCAGGUAACAUUCCAGGCUUGCAGCAUUUCUGAAGCAAGGUAUCUCUAUGAUCAGCUAGCCACAAUUUGUCCCAUUGUGAUGGCAUUGAGUGCUGCCUCUCCAUUCUACAGAGGUUACGUGUCUGACAUCGACUGUCGCUGGGGAGUGAUCUCGGCGUCCGUAGACGAUCGAACGCGAGAAGAGAGGGGGCUGGAGCCACUGAAGAACAACCAUUAUAGAAUCAGUAAAUCCAGAUAUGAUUCCAUAGACAGUUAUCUAUCUGAAUGUGGUGAGAAAUACAAUGACAUUGAUUUGACAAUAGACAAAGAUAUCUACGAGCACCUAAUAAAGGAAGGUAUUGACCACCUUUUGGCACAGCAUAUUGCACACUUGUUCAUUCGAGACCCAUUGACUUUGUUUGAGGAGAAAAUACAUCUAGAUGAUGCAAAUGAAUCCGACCACUUUGAGAAUAUUCAGUCUACAAACUGGCAGACAAUGAGGUUUAAGCCACCACCUCCAAACUCAGAUAUUGGAUGGAGAGUGGAAUUCAGACCCAUGGAGGUGCAGUUAACAGACUUUGAAAACUCAGCAUAUGUUGUGUUUGUGGUAUUGCUAACCAGAGUGAUUCUGUCCUAUAAACUGGAUUUUCUCAUUCCUUUGUCCAAGGUGGAUGAAAACAUGAAGGUGGCCCAGAAAAGAGAUGCUGUCCGACAGGGCAUGUUUUAUUUCCGGAAAGAUAUAUGCAAAGGUGGAAAUGCUGUUGUGGAUGGCUGUGGCUCAGCACAGAAUGGGACAGGCACUGACACAGAGGAGUACACCCUAAUGAGCAUUGAUACCAUCAUCAACGGGAAGGAAGGAGUCUUCCCUGGUUUGAUCCCAAUUUUGAAUUCCUAUCUUGAAAACAUGGAAGUGGAUGUGGACACAAGGUGCACCAUCCUAAACUACCUGAAGCUAAUAAAGAAGAGAGCAUCUGGAGAACUGAUGACAGUCGCACGGUGGAUGAGGGAGUUCAUUGCUCAGCACCCAGCCUACAAGCAAGACAGUGUGAUCACUGAUGAAAUCAACUACAGCCUUAUCUGGAGGUGCAACCAAAUUGCACAAGGCCAGGCAGAGUGUCCUGAACUCUUGGGGGCAGGAUUUAACAAGAAACAAAGUGGAAACAAAACUGACUCUUUGUAAUGAGUGAAUGCUUCUUAAAUCAUAAAAAGCUGAAGCCUUUUAGCAAAGCACUAGCAAAGAUACUGUGAAUCUGGUACAGUUUCAUGGUGUGAAGACCAAAACAGGGAUACUGCACUAUAAAAUGGGCCAAUCUGCCUAAAUAUUCAUUUUAAGGCAUCCUAAAAUAGGCAUAUUCUUAUUGUUAAGGUUUAUACAAUAUACAUGUAAAUAGUAAACUAUUUUUAUGAUUAACAUCAAUGUAUUUUAAUAACAUUGUAACUAAAGUUAUUGUGAAUUAGCUUGUACCUUUUUUAUGCUUAUCCUAGAAAGGAAAAACAAAAAUCGUCCUGAACAGCUUUGUAAAUGUAAUGGUACUUGUAUAUUUUAUGCAUUCCAGUUACUGAAUGUUUACUGUAAUUUUUUUUUAACCUGGAAUGUGCUAAGUCAUUUACCUUA